UCUUUGUGUCUUCUUCCCAUGGGAGGGAGCGAUGCCGACUGUGUCGACUGUCGAGUAAAUACAGAGCACGUACGCAAAGGUCCGUUUUUUCAAUGCAAAUUACUUUUCUCGAACUGCAAUAUCGAGAAAAAGAAAAAGAAGAAAUCACAGAUAAAUCACUUCGAUCGUUCUCGAUUGCUGGGACCGUUCGGAGGCAUCAAGAUUAGCGUGGUGACCGUGGCUUGUCCUUGCUUCUCCCCGACGUCCAUAGCGAACAUUCUUCUUCCCCAUAUUCGAAGUCUCAGAAGUGCUUGGCUCCGCAUUGCAGUUGCUCCGGCUUUCGAUGAGAGUAAAGGCAUCGUUUUCUGCAUGAUUCCUCUCCUGUUCUUCGAGUUUUCUUGGGUGUUUCUGGCUCUGCUGCACUCUGCUCUUGAGGGAUCGAGGCUCUUUUGACUUCAUGUCGUGUGAGCCGAUAAGGCUUGAGCGAGGGAUGAUGAUCUAGUGAGCUGAAACGGGUGUGAGCGAUUACAUGGCGAAUUUUUUGAAGUGGGUUUAGUUGCAGGAGUUCAAGGAAUGAAUGGUUGCUGACCAAGUUUGAUCUUUGAGUUCGUACAAAGGAGACAGGAAUUACCUUAAUUAUCCCUUUAAUCUCAGUCUUGCCGUUUUCAUUUACUACAUAUCUGCUGGGAUACUGUACAAUGAAGCAUGAAGUUCGUUAGAGUUUGCAAUCCAUUUAACUCUUGGCCUGUGAAAGGGUAGUUACGACUGAUUGAUUCGUGAGCAUCGGACAACGCUGAUUCUUGUUUCUGCCGAGCCGAGUUCAAGUUUCAAGAACUUGAUUUUGUUGCUGAUAAAAUGAGAGGAGCUGUCUUCGUGGCCCUUGCUGCUACAAUUGGUAAUUUCCUUCAAGGAUGGGACAAUGCCACCAUUGCAGGAGGUAUAGUCUACAUAAAAGAAGACCUUGACUUGGGAUCAACUGUAGAGGGCCUUGUUGUGGCUAUGUCACUGAUUGGAGCCACGGUCAUAACUACAUCCUCAGGACCUAUAUCAGAUUGGCUUGGUCGCCGCCCCAUGCUUAUCAUGUCAUCAAUUCUGUAUUUCAUUGGUGGCUUGGUGAUGCUAUGGUCCCCCAAUGUCUAUGUUUUAUGCCUAGGAAGAUUGUUAGAUGGAUUUGGAAUCGGUCUUGCCGUUACUCUUGUCCCGUUGUAUAUAUCUGAGACUGCCCCACCUGAUGUUAGGGGUUUGCUAAAUACUCUUCCACAGUUCACAGGUUCGGGUGGCAUGUUUUUGGCAUACUGUAUGAUAUUUGGGAUGUCUCUGUCAGAUUCACCUAACUGGAGAAUAAUGCUCGGGGUUCUUUCGAUUCCAUCAGUUAUUUAUUUUUUGUUCAUGGUUUUUUUCUUGCCCGAGUCCCCACGGUGGCUCGUGAGCAAAGGGAAGAUGAUGGAAGCAAAAAAAGUUCUCCAGAGACUACGUGGAAGGGAAGAUGUUUCAGGUGAGCUGGCUCUAUUAGUUGAGGGUCUUGGAAUUGGUGGUGAAACAUCAAUAGAAGAAUACAUGAUAGGUCCGGCUGAUGAAGCAGGUGAUCAAGAGCCAACCUCCGAAAAUGGCAGGAUCAAAUUAUAUGGACCUGAAGAAGGUCUCUCCUGGGUUGCUAAACCUGCAGCUAGACAGAGUUCUCUGGCCCUCAUCUCCCGCCAGGGAACAAUGACGAACCAAAGUGUGCCUCUUAUGGACCCUCUAGUUACUCUCUUUGGCAGUGUCCACGAAAAGCUUCCUGAGACAGGAAGCAUGAAAAGCAUGCUUUUCCCUAAUUUCGGCAGCAUGUUUAGUACAACAGCAGACCCUCGUGGUAAAGAUGAGGAGUGGGACGAAGAAAGUGUGCAAAGGGAAGAAGGCGAGGAUUACGGUUCCGAGGCUGGUGAAGGGGAUGAUGAUGAAAAUUUGCACAGUCCACUGAUCUCGCGCCAAACAACAAGCAUCGAGAAGGAAGGGGGCCCUCCUGCUUCACACGGGAGUAUUCUGGGUAUGGGGCGCCAUAGUAGUCUGAUGCAAGGAACAGGGGAGCAGGUGGGAAGCACAGGGAUUGGUGGUGGCUGGCAGUUGGCGUGGAAAUGGACUGAGAGAGAAGGUGAGGAUGGGAAAAAAGAGGGAGGAUUUAAGAGAAUCUAUUUGCACGAGGAGGGAGUUCCAGGGUCCCGACGUGGUUCCCUUGUUUCCCUUCCCGGGGUUGAAGUCCCUGCUGAAGAUGAGUUUGUCCCAGCUGCUGCUUUAGUUAGCCAGCCUGCUUUGUAUUCGAAGGAACUUAUGGAUCAGCAUCCACUAGGACCAGCCAUGGUUCAUCCAUCCGAAACUGCCUCGAAGGGUCCAAUUUGGGCCGCUCUUUCUGAACCAGGAGUGAAGCACGCAUUAUUUGUUGGGAUGGGAAUACAGCUACUUCAGCAGUUCUCUGGAAUAAAUGGAGUUCUCUACUACACUCCUCAAAUACUUGAAGAUGCUGGCGUUGAAGAUAUUCUUUCAAGCUUAGGGCUCGGCACAGAGUCUGCAUCAUUUCUUAUUAGUGCAUUCACGACUUUCUUAAUGCUACCAUGUAUAGCUGUGGGCAUGAGGCUUAUGGAUUCCUCUGGAAGAAGGACGCUCCUUUUGACUACAAUUCCGGUGCUCAUUGUGACACUUGUAGUAUUAGUAAUCGUCGAACUGAUCAAUUCGAGCUCGACAGUCUGCUCCUAUAUCGCAACCAUAUGUGUGGUGGUCUACUUCUGCUGCUUCAUGACAGCUUACGGUCCUAUUCCAAACAUCCUGUGCUCUGAGAUAUUCCCCACAAGGGUGCGCGGUCUCUGCAUCACAAUAUGCGCAUUAGUCUUCUGGUUGGGAGACAUCAUUGUGACCGAUACACUGCCCGUGCUGCUCGAGUCAAUCGGCUUAGCCGGCAUCUUCGGCAUUUAUGCUGCCGUGUGCGUCAUAUCUUGGGUCUUUGUCUUUUUGAAAGUUCCGGAAACCAAAGGCAUGCCUCUUGAAGUCAUCACCGAGUUCUUCUCCGUCGGAGCAAAGCAGAUAGCUACCACGAAAAAUGAAUGAUUCAAAGCAGUAGGCCUCUUAUUCAUAUGUACUGCUAGUUGAGAGUAGAGUAUCUGAUGGCUUCAAGGAUAGUAGUGUCAAAUUUGUUAUGAACUUACUUGUUUUGUAUUGUUUUGUAUCGUGAUACUGUUUUGCCGAAAUUGUUCCUACGGUGAAAUUUUUUUCACCAAAGGUCAUUUUCCGGCUUUUAAUUUAAGAGAUCAGGAUUCCACGCUAA